GGGAGAGCGGAUAUAGUGAAUGCAGGGUCCGGGGAGACCAGAUAUAGUGAAUGCAGGGUCCGGGGAGACCAGAUAUAGUGAAUGCAGGGUCCGGGGAGACCAGAUAUAGUGAAUGCAGGGUCCGGGGAAAGCGGAUAUAGUGAAUGCAGGGUCCGGGGAGAGCGGAUAUAGUGAAUGCAGGGUCCGGGGGAGAGCGGAUAUAGUGAAUGCAGGGAGAGCGGACAUAGUGAAUGCAGGGUCCGAGGAGAGCGGACAUAGUGAAUGCAGGGUCCGAGGAGAGCGGACAUAGUGAAUGCAGGGUCCGGGGAGAGCGGAUAUAGUGAAUGCAGGGUCCGGGGAGAGCGGAUUAUAGUGAAUGCAGGGUCCGGGAGAGCGGAUAUAGUGAAUGCAGGGUCCGGGGAGAGCGGAUAUAGUGAAUGCGGGGUCUGGGGAGACCGGAUA